AUGCAACACAGCAUCAACGAAAAAUUCCUGGUCGACAUGCGGCGUGAGAUAAGAGAUUUGAUUAGAGACGAAAUACAGCGCAGCUUGAAAUUCUAUUCCGACAAGAUAGAUGACUAUGAGGAACAAAUUGAAAAGUAUGAAGUUAAAAUCAAGUCCCUGACGAGCCACCAAACCGAUCUAAACAACAAAUAUAAAAAUAUACAAAUGAAAUACGAUCUACUAGAACAAAAGAUGAAUUCGAUCGAACAGCUUCAAUUUAACAACCGCCUUGAAAUAUGCGGAAUCCAACUAAAUGAGAAGGAAGACCCUAUGGCAGUCACCAAGCAGAUCUGCGAGAAGUUGAAGCUAAACGCUGAGGAUAUAAUGGCAGCACAGACUAAGAUAUCCCGUGCACCGGCUGCAAAGAAGAGGAACCCGCCGACCGUGCUGGUGACGCUGCGCGAAGGUCGCCGCGACGGAUGGAUGGAGUCGUCGAGAGCCGCCACGCUGACCAACGCCGAACUGGCCCGCGAGGGAGGCAGGAUCUUCCUGCGCGAGGCCCUCACCCCGGCUACGAGCUUUCUUCUAUGGAAGGCUAAGACGGAACUUAAGGAAUCCAACAUGUAUAAAUUUGUGUGGUGCAAAAAUGGUGUGGUGCUAAUAAGAAAAAGUGAAAAUGAUAAAAUCCAAUCAGUGAGAUCUGUGAGUGAUAUUGAAAAGUUCAAGAAUGAUGGGAAACCUAAGCCUGCGUGCUAG